UGCUGCCUUGGAGCAGGAAAGCCACGCAUGCACCCCAGUUGCAAGGCUGCAAAUGCUCCCAAAGCCGCACCCCCCCUUACCAAUCAUUAAUCACCAUAGGGAGGGCGGGUGAGGGGGAAAAGGCCAAGCAUCUGUAACGCUGAGGCAGUGCUGACCGGUUCCCUGCAGUUCUGCCCCUGUGGAGGUGGCCAGUCCUUUGGGAAGGUCACCAGGACCUGCACACAAGAGGCUAGCCUGCAGCUGGAGGUCUGAAGACGGAGCCUCUGCUUAGCUGGCAUCACCUCCAUCAUCUUCACCAUGCGGCAGGAAGCAUUCUGGAGUGCCUUGGAAUAUACCUGCCGAUUGCUGGGCAUCACCACCGCAGCAGUGCUGAUCGGCGUCGGUGUAGAAACUCUACAGCGAGGGCAGUUCAAAAACCUGGCUUUCUACCUGCUUUUUUCAGGGUUUGCAGUUACUGUCUGUGAAGGCUUCUUCUUUCUCAGUUUGUUCCUGGAGAUGUGCUUCACAUAUGAGCCUGACUCUUUGGCACAUUCCUGCUGGAAGCAAGCCAGACGCCCAGGGAGUUUCCAGAAAUUCCUGGGGUACACUCUACUCUCAUUGGCUUGCUUCUUGCAUCCCAUCAUCGUCUGGCAUGUCACCAUACCUGGGUCCAUGCUAGUGCUGACUGCCUUGGCCUACUUCCUGCUGAGCAAGAGGAGAAAGACUCCAGGGCACAAAGAGGCUCAUCCUGAAGCAGGCCAGUAUGUGGACCCUUCAGCCACCAUGGCAGCCCCAACCAUUGCUGGUGACACUGAGCAGACCUACACCUUCUACGAGUCCCAGAGGGAGCAGCACUGCUCACUGCUGGGCCACAUGAAGAGCAUCCUGAAGGGCAGCAAGGACAGAAGUCUGACCCAUGCAGCUACACUCCAAACAGAGCUCCCACCAGCCCCACGUAAGCAAGUGCAUUUCCAGGAGAAGGUGGUGCAAAUCAUCCCUUCUGUCAGCGAAAGCCUGGAUGAUGUGGAAAGUGAGACUGAAGAAACCACAUCAGAUACAGCACCCAUCCUCACCCCUCCUGAUACUCCUGUUGUCCUCACUCCCCUCAGUCCCACAGGACUGUUUUGAGGACUCAGCACCAACAAGGAGAAGGCAGGCACACUUGUACUGGUGUUCCUCCCUGAGAUUCAGGCAGCUGAUGGACCUUGUACCAUGGGCAGCACUGCUACAAUGACUAGAGUAUCACAGCCUCCUCUGUGCUUUCUAUGAUCCUGGCAGGUCAGCAGGAAAUCCCACAGGCCAACCCCACAGCUAGCAAGUAGGAUGAGAGAUGGAGUGUGCGUCACCCAUGCCCCAAUGUGGAGGAGUGGCCCUCCUGGCCCUCCCUACUCUGGCUGGUUCACCUGUUAUGCAGAGACUGCAUGUACAGAUCAGGCCUGUAGCUAGUGUGUGGUGGUCUGCAGCCCUACAGCAUCAUGCCCAGGGGACAGGCCGUGGAUUGACCAGCCCAAUGGAAAGACAGUAAGGUUUCUCCUCCUGGGGAAUCUCUCUCUAUGUCUUCAUUCAUCAUCUGUUACAGAAUGACAUGCCGCAGCAGCAGCUUCUGCCUAACAUCACAGCCAUGGCAUUUGCUUCCUAAGAGGCAGGAAGAGGGCUACCAUCAUCCACCAAGCAGCCUCUGCUGGGAACAGUUGUCUUCCAACUGUCCUUGUUGUGCCUGGAAGAGCUCAUGGAAGCUUGGAGUUAUCAAGCACUCUCCUGGAGAUAGCUCUUGCUAAAUGUUCUCCUUUGAGACAUGCUCUGGGCCCAGCAGGGGAGUCAUGUCACUGUGGGAGCAGGGAGGACCCUACGGAGACUUCUGGAGUUAGAAGAGCAUUAGAAUGCUGUAGAACCUCAAGUUCCAAGGUUCAGAAAUGGUUGGCUCAGCAGACUGUUAAAUAUGGCCCCCAGAAGGCAAAGGCAAUAAUAAAGUUACAAUGCUGCCCCACUGGCCCUCUCCAAUCCCUGAAGUCUUCACUUUUGCCUUAAUACUACUGUAUCCUUUGCUCUUUGAAGACCUAUAAUACUUUGAUUGAGCAUUUCUUUCCUGCUCAAUCCCUCAGGCAGGAUUUGUAACCUCUCCGAGGUUCUACCAGAGAAGUAUAGGGCAGAUAGCCCAAGACUUUUCUCUGCUCCUGGAUCUAUUAGCAAAGGGACCUACAACUCAACCUGUGCCUGCAGAUGCCAUCAGCAAGACUCUCUCAUAAGCAUCAGGCAACUCUCAUGGCUGCACAUGGGAAGGAAUAAUUUGCUCGGACACUGGACAUGAGUGCUGGAGUGCGGGAUGGUGAAGGACAGGAAAUCCUUGAGACCUGCUUAGGCUGAUAAUAAUGCAGAAGUCA